AUGUUUAUAAGAUCUGCAAGAUAUGCUUUUUCAUCCUUUCCUUCACCAUUAGUAUCAGUACAAUAUUUGAAAUAAAAUCUCAAUAAAGUCAAAGUUUUAGGUAAAAUAAAGGUUGAAAAUAGAUUGUUCAUGGUACCUUCCUUAAAUGAAUCGUAAUGCAGAAUUAGAAUAUAAAAAAUCACAUAUUCCUGGUGCAAUACGUUUUGAUAUUGAUGCAAACAGUCUCUAAGAGACUAGUUUACCUCAUAUGCUUCCAAAAAAAGAAGAUUUUGAAAAGUAUAAAUUUAUCUAUUUUAGGUCUGUAUCUGAUAUGGGAAUUAGUAAUAAUGAUCAAAUAGUAGUUUAUGAUGGAUUGAAUAUCUUUACAUCUGCAAGAGUAUAUUGGCAAUUCAAAUACUUUGGACAUAAAGAUAUAUCUGUUUUAGAUGGUGGUUUUCCAGCUUGGAUUAAAGAAAAUUGUGCAAUUUCUGAUGCUCCACCUUAAAUUAAGAAGACAAAAUACAAGGCUACUCCUUAACCUCAUAUGUUAAGAGAACUUGAUUUCAUUCUUAAAAAUAUAGAGAAUUAAAAUAAAGGAUAGAAAGGAGAUUAUGUUUUAGAUGCUAGACCAACAACUUCAUUUAAUGGGGAAGUACCUGAACUCAAUCCUGCAUUACCAAAUGGUCAUAUGCCAUAUUCAACUUCAUUACCUUUCAUUCAAUUAAUUGAUUAAAAAACAGGAUUAUUGAAGACUGUAUCAUAUUGGAUUUAUUUUUAGGCUGAAGAAAUUAAAGAUAUUCUUAAUAGUCUCAAUAUUGAUUUGAAUAGAAAUAUAAUUUGUUCAUGUUAUUAAGGAGUAACAGCUGCUAUUAUUUAUAUUGCAUUAGAAAGAAUAGGAUUGAAAAAUAUCUCAUUAUAUGAUGGAAGUUGGAUUGAGUAUGCUUUCACUAAGGAUGUGGAGAUCAAAAAGAAAUGA